AUUGGACGAUGAUUUGGCCUCAACUACAACUCUCGACGACAACAAGUAACAACAACAAUUACAACUGCGUUAUUUUAACGGUUUUUUUUCGGCAGCUCGGGAUCAUUAUGGAUUUUAUUUCUUUCCGCUCUAACUUCUAAUCGUAUAACUAAUGGUCUCUUCAGUAUUUGACCCAACGACGGCAUAGAGUCCGUAACUCGCAUUUCGUGUUGAUAUAGAUCGUUUUCUGUUAUAAUUAUUAACUCUGGUCUUGUGUUUUUAUUAAUUUUGUGUCAAUGUAUUUAGAACGACCGGGCAACCAGUCGUAAGACAACUCACCAUCAAUAUUUCUGCUGAAAUUUGAUUCUAUUCGCAUCCGCUGACCUUCAAGAUGUCUCAAUUUGUUACUGAAUUUUCACCUCCCGUGAAAUUUAAAUCAAAGCACGAAGAUGAAGCAAAUACAGUACUUGAGUAUUAUUUAGUAUUAUCACCAUUUCAAAAGCAGACUCAAGUAGAAUUUUCAAACAUAAGGAUUAAAGAAACAGCUAUUAGAUUUCUGACAGUUGUUAAUUUGCUUGACAAACCUAGACAGUUUGUUUUACCUUCUUCAAAUGAUGGUAUACAUUUUGAUGUUUAUGAAUUCACCUUACAACCAAAGUCACAACGUAAGCUAUCAAUUACGUGGCAACCUUCUGUAUAUGGAAACAUGCGAAAAUUGAUUAAAAUAGAACAAGUAGAUAACAACAGAAAAUAUGAUUUUGUUAUUUUUGGAAAUUGUAUUGACCCUUUACACAAGAAAUUAAGAGGUGCUUCUGUGACAUUAGCCAAGUCCAAAAAUUCAAAUUUGGCUAAAAAUAAAUUUAAUGGUGGUCAGAACAAAAUAAUUUUAAAUAAAACCAGAUUUUUUAAUUCUACAUCAGAAAGAGUUGUUUUAGUUGAUAAUGCCUCAAAAAUAUCUGAACAUAUUCAAUCAGAAACUUUAGAAUCUCCUAUGAGACGGCAAACCUAUUUAGUUGAAGAAAAAGAAAAUAUUCCAAAUUUGAAAAACAACAUGAUUGACUAUGAUACAACCUUCACUAGUUUUGAACACUGUUUUAAACGUUCAGAUAAAAAUCAUCAAAACACCACAUUCAGUAAUCACAUUAAUACCCAAAAUACAAAUUGUGACAUAAUGACUGAUGAUUCACUAGAUGAAUCACUCAAUAAAUUAAUCAACACUAGUUCUCCAUUUAACGACUUUUUUUUAACCCCAUUGAAAAGUACUGAAAACUUAAUUUCUCCAUUCAGUACCACAAAAAAAAGUAUUAGUUUCGAUAUAGCUGAUAAAAACAUGGCUUUUACUUCAUUCACCACAUCGCCAUUUAAGCCAAUAGAUGCUUCAACUGCAGCUAAGAUCUACACUCCUGACAAUAGAAAACCAACCAGAGUAUCUGUAAACCUUUGUGAGAAAUUUGAAGAAAUACCAAAGAAUAUAGAUAGUGAAACUUUUAUCAAAAAUACUAUCCCGAAAAAAUUUGCAUUGCCUCUAAAUGUUGAACAAUCCUUCAACAUAUCGCAAAAUCAUGAAUUUACUACCACUUUUACACCCAUGCAACAUACAAGGAUUAUUUCAAAAAGCACUAAGCCCAAACGACCAUCAUUUGUUAUUAAAAAUUCUCCUUAUUAUAAAUGUAGCCCAAAAUCAUCAAUGAUUUCUAAGAAUAGAUUGAAACAAUACAGCAUUCUUAGUCCACGGACUAAAAAUUUGAGGACUCCAAAAUUGGAUAAGUGUGAUCAGUACCUCAAGUGCUUGGCAAAUCCAGAACUUGUAUAUCACAAUAAUGCUGAAGAUCCGUUUUUAAAAAUGUCUCAAUAUUAUGAAGCUGAAUGGUUGGAUCGCCAAGAAUCUGAUAUGAUUCGAUGGUUAAAUGCACUACUUAUGCCUACUGAUAAAUUGGCAGAUGAAGAACAACUAGAUGACUUGGAACAAGCAGCGGUGGCGUGGGAAGAGGCAUCCAAGACAAGCCAUAAAAAUAAGCCUAUGCAAUUUGCUACUCAAAAAGAUCUGUUUGUGUCACAAAUAUACAAGCAGUGUCCACAACAAUGGAGUGCGUUGCGGAAAGCAACAUCAAAUCUUCUUACAUCCACAAAUGUGGCGACUGUUUUAUCAAAAUUAACUGUAUCAAUAGAAAAAGAUUUCAUAACAGUACGAGAUGAUCGUCAAAUACAUUUGGAUUUAAAUUUAAAGAAAAAAAUUAUGGAUUUGUUAAAAUGUUUUAAUCCACUGUGGUUACGAAUUGGUUUGGAAGCAGUGUAUGGUCAAAUAAUUCACAUAAAUUCUGGAUCUCAUGACUUAGAUGGUCUUGGAUGGUUUAUACGUAAAAAUUUGUUUAAUAACGAUUUCAUUAAACAAAAGUUCACCAAAGCUACUGUUCUGCAAGUGAACCUUCCCACGUACAAUAUUGCCAUGAAAAAAUUUAUCUUGAAAAAAAUAUUUAUGCUUGUAUAUUUUUUGGACCGUGCUAAAGAACAACAACUUAUCAGACAUAAUCCAUGUCUUUUCAAAAUAGAUUCUCCUUAUAAAAGUAGCCAUGAUUUCUUGAUGGGAUUUUGUGCUGACAUGGUAACAUCAAAUGGAGACAUAAAUCGUCGGCUACGUAGUAUUGACUAUAAUUUGACCCAUAAACAAACCCAUUUGGACGAAGUUAAUUAUGCUGUUAAAUCAUUAAAUGACCUUAGGGAUGGCACCAGAAUCACUAGAAUCGUUGAACUCUUGUUCAAAGGAGAACCACUGUCGCAGAAGCUAAGACUUCCCGCUAUAUCGAAACUGCAGAAAAUUCACAAUGUAAAUUUGGCAUUAACAAGGAUAUCGGAACAUAUUACCAUUGAAGGAAAUAUAAGUACUCGUGACAUUGUAAAUGGUCACAGAGAAAAAAUGUUAUCACUAUUUUGGCAAUUAAUUUAUAAGUAUUUAACUCCUCGAUACAAUAAAGCAGCAAAAACAAUUCAACACUGGUGGCGAAACAAUAACCUCAAAUUAGUUAUAAUAAAAAGGAUUAGAGCUAAGCAAACGUUUAAACGUCACUUGGCUGCUACUAAAAUACAAGCUUAUGUGCGGGGUUAUUUGACCAGAAAACAUUGGCCACAUAAACAAGCUGAAUUGAUUGAAAACCGUGAAAAGUUACAUCUAGCAUCAACUAAAAUCAAACAAUACCUACAAAAUAAACUUAAACUUUUAACUGAAGACCGAAAACAGUUUAUAAUCUUAAGAAGAACUGCAGUGUUUGUUCAAAGAACAUUUAGAUCCAAAAUUGCAAUGGAAAGAGAUAGACAACAAUUUAUAAAAGCUAAACAAUCAGCUUUACUUAUUCAAAAAGUGUACCGCGGUUUUAUAAUCAGAAAAAACUGGCCGCAAAUAAAAAAUGCCCUAUUAAUAGAAAAAAUGAAUAGAAUUAAUGCCAUUAAUGUUAUCAAACGCUCUCUAAGAAAGAACUUACCACCCACUGAAGACGAAUUGUAUUAUAAAAAAUUAUUGCAUAUAACAUUGACCAUUCAAAGAAGAUUAAGGGCAAAUAAUUUGAUGAAAGUACAGAUGAAAGCAUUUAUUAUGUUAAAAAAUAGUGCAGUAGUCAUACAACAAAGAUUUAGAGCAAAACAAGCUAUGGUAAAACAAAAAAAUCACUAUUUAAAACUUAAAAUGUGUACCCUUAAAUUGCAGGCUGUAACUAGAGGUUACAUUGUGCGGAAACAAUGGUCUGCGUUACACACAGAGUUAAAAGCUAAUAGAACACAUUUAACAAACUGUAGUAAUAUGAUUAAGAGAGCGCUCAGAAGUAAUCUUCCAUUAACAGAAGACCGCAUUCAAUUUCUUGAUUUAAAAAGAUCUGUCAUUAUUGUACAAAACCGAUUCCGUGCUUUGAAAGAAAUGAAGCUACAAAGACAAAAAUAUCUACAACUAAAAACUGUAACCCUUAAACUGCAGAGUUUGGCUAGAGGAUAUAUACUAAGAAAACAAUGGCCGUCUCUAAGAAAUCAGCUGAUGGUAAACCGUCAACGUUUGAUCAAUUGUAGUAAUAUAAUUAAAAGAGUUCUAAGAAAUAAUCUCUCGUUAACAGAAGACCGCAUUCAAUUUCUUGAUUUAAAAAGAUCUGUCAUUAUUGUACAAAACCGAUUCCGUGCUUUGAAAGAAAUGAAGCUACAAAGACAAAAAUAUCUACAACUAAAAACUGUAACCCUUAAACUGCAGAGUUUAGCUAGAGGAUAUAUACUAAGAAAACAAUGGCCGUCACUAAAAAAUGAGUUGAUGGUAAAACGUCAACGUUUGAUCAAUUGUAGUAAUAUAAUUAAAAGGGUUCUAAGAAAAAAUCUUCCAGCUAAUAAGAACCGUUUAAGAUUUCUUGAGAUUAAAAAAGCCACAAUUCUUAUCCAAAGUAGAUUCAGAACUAAUAGACAAGUAAAAGAAUAUCGGAUGUUACGUAGCAAUGUUAUUGUGAUUCAAAGAAGGUUCAGGGCUAAUGUGGCUAUGAAACAACAAAAAUUAAUUUAUGAAGACACCAGAGCCAAAGUUAUUAGACUGCAAGCAUUUUUCAGAGGACAUUUGGUUCUCAAAAAAUGGCCAGAGACUAAAUAUGAAUUAGAAGCUAGUAAGAAACAAUUAAUAUCUGCUAGUAAUACAAUAAAAAAGUUCUUGCGCCUUUGCUUGUCGCCCACUCCUGAUCGUUUAAGAUUUAUCAAACUGAGACAGUCUGUAAUGAACAUCCAGGCAAGAUACCGAGCCAUUGUUGCGAUGAAAUCAGCAGAACGAGAAUAUUUAUUAUUAAAAGAUAGUGUGAUCAUACUGCAAAGACAUUACAGAGCACACAAAGCCAUGUUGGUACAAAAAAAGCGAUAUGAGCUUCUGAAGAAGUCCACAAUUGUAUUGCAGACUCAUGUUAGAGGAUACUUGGCGCGUAGACGUUGGCCACAGUUAAAAUAUAGUAUGGAAGCUAAACAUAGACUAGCAUUUGAAACUUUAGAGAAAGAGAAUGUCGCAGCAUCUAGAAUACAGGCUAUUGUUAGAGGAUUUUUGAUAAGAAAGAAAUUACCCAAGAUCAAAGAAGAAUUACACAAUCAAAAACUUGUGCGGGCUGCAACUUUAAUACAGGCCAUAUGGAGAGGUUAUAUUGUAAGAAAGAGAUAUCAGUGUAGACGAGAAACAAUUAGAAUUCCUCAAAAAGGUGCCCUCACAUUGGGCAAACGACACAAUGAAGUGGUUGAUGUAUUAAACAAGCAAAGAAGAAAUGAAUAUUCAUAUCGGGAACUUGCUACGGUUUUCUGGAACUUAGAUACAUGUACAACCUUAUCUAAAGAGCUAUGCUUGAAGACGUCAGAAGGUAUGAUUGUGGACUACAUGUUUCACUUUUUGCAUUAUUCCAACCAGUCGCAACCAAGUAUCGAAGCAAGGGAGCCAGCAAUCCGUGUGCUGACAAAUUUACUUAAGUACCAUGAAACCUCUUGGCACAUCUGGAUGAGAACCGUUAAUGCUGAUAUGGUGAAAGACCUAAUCAAAAUGAUGAAGACGUGUUGUGGAAAAAUCAGCUCAAAAAAAUUGUACUGUUCAAUUGCUACUUGGAUUUGGAUAGCCCUACAAGACCCAGAAAAAAAACUUUACAUCAAAAAAAUUCCAUCCGCCAUGGUGGACUUAAAAUGCAUGAUGGAUACUUUGAAAAAGAGGUACAUAACAUCAAAAGUGGACAAAAAAACAAUGGUGUUACCUUCGACGCGGCCUACUUGGAGUAUUGGCUCUAAAUGUCAAAAGUGUUUUGACUCUGACAUCUACGCAACAGCUCAGAUUUGCAAACUUUUGAACAUUUAAAAUAAUUAUUACAUAUUUCUUACGUUUUUUUCCUUUAUCAUAACAUUUUAUUAUUAACUGUUGAUUUUUUUUUUCUGUGUAUAUAUCAUAAUUAUUACCAUAUUUUAGGAAUUAAAAUACAUUAUUUUAUACUUUCUCAGUUAUUAAUUGAUUGAUUUAUUAAGAUAAUGUAUUAUAAGAUUAAAAUAAUUAUAGUUAUUUAAAUGUUAUAAAAACAAUACAAUGAUCCUAAAUAACUGAAUCAUUUUUGACAUUAAAACUGUUAAAGAUUAUAGAUUUCAAUCUAUAUAAAAUUCAAAUUUAAAUACAAUGUUUUUGUGAUUUUUUUUUAAAUUGUUUUGACUAUUUUAAUAUUAAUAUCACCUUUCACUUAAAUAUUUAAAUAUUAUUUAGAUUUAUCGAUUAUUGAGAAAAUCAAAAUAAUAUUCAAUGAUUCAUUGGUUUAUUGCUUGUUAAAAUGUGUUGUACCUAUUUAAAACUCAUACAAUAUUAUUCCAUAGUAUAAUUUUUAGUACUAUUACUAUAACUAUAAGUUCAUGUAAUCAUGUACAUUAAAUUUAUUCAUGUAUGUAAUUGGAGAUGUAAGAAUUAUAUUAAACACUUUUAUACCUUAUAAGAUACAUUAUUUUUUUUUACAUUGAGUAAUUUGAUUAUUGGAAUUAUUAAUUUUAUUUGCAAAUUGCAACUAUAGUAAUUAAUAAAUAAUAAAUCAUUUAAAUAAAAAAUUUCUAGGUUGUUUAAGUAGUUUUAAAAAAACUAUUUACCUGUUUUUGCAUACAUGGAUAAAUUUUUAAUUUGUUCUCAGUCAUCUUAAACUAGACAUUUAAAAAAUGUUUAAUUUAAGUCUGAUUUUCUUUAAUUUAUUUUAUCACAUCUUGUGAUAUAAUUGUAUAUAAUCGGUAACUUCAUUAUUUCGUCAAAAGUCUAUUAAAAAUAUUUAAAAUGAAUAGUUAUUUAUUAAUAUCUCAAUGAUACAGUUGUAUUCGUUUAAUUUUUCAAUUUAAAUGUAAAUACUAUUUAAAUCAUAUUUUUUUUUAAAAAAGUUAACUUUUCUAUAAAUAAUUAACAUUUGUUAAAGUAUAAUUAUUAACUAUAUAUAUUGUAUGGUAAAAGUACAAAUACUGGUUUUGCCAACUGCUGUCAGUAAGCAUCCGACGGUAAAUUUAGUCAAACUAGCUUUUUUACAGCUAUGAUAUUUUUUCUAUUUUUAAGUUUUUUUUUAAAACUUAUGUUAAUAAAUAAUUUUUUGCUUUGUCAAAAACUUGAAAAUAAUUACAAGGUUCCUCAUAAGCUGUUAUAGUAACAGUUUAAAAAUAUUAAAAAUUCAGUUACAAUUUUCUUUAUAAUUAUUUAAGUUUCCAUUAUUUUUAAUGAAACUAUAUUUUUUAUGAGGGAAAAAAUAAUGCUUUUUUAAAUUUUUUUUUAUUAUUUUAUUUUAGGUGUAUUAAUAUAAUGAUAUUAGGAAGAUAAAAAUAUACGAUUGUUUAGAUUAUUUUUUUUAAAUAUUUAAAUGCUUAAGAUUUUAAUUAUUUUUUAACGUGUCAACAUAGGUGUAUCUAGAAGGGAUUUAUGUGAAUAUUAGCCCCCACCCAGUAUUAUUGUUGUGUAUUUCGUUC